AUGACCGAUGUGCAUUCCCGGGAUGCGUCGCAGUACUACAACCUGCCCGAUCUCUAUCCGGAGGAGUGGCCGGCAGAGCUAGACUCCAACAGCGAGGACGAGGGCGACGCUGCGCCGAAGAGCGAUGAAUACCGCCGGCGGUCGCAGAUAAGAUACUCUGGACUGCUGCCCGGACGAAGGGACCAGGAGAGGGUCAAGGGCGGCGAUGGCGCAGUGCUGAAGGACGAGCCUGACCCCCUGGGCGGUCCGGAUACGAUAUUGAGGACUCUCAGGCAGCGCGGACUCCCAGUCGACGAUGACCGGGUACGCAAGCAGUUUCUACUGUCUUCAAAGAGCUUUUCGCCUUCUCAGUUCCUCUCCGAGACCCAGGAGUCUGCGUCAACCCAAUCGCUGCUUCAGGGCCUCGAUUACCUGUCGAGGUCAAUCGACGAGAAGUCUGCCUCGCUGAAGAUACUUGUCGAAUCGAAUUUUGAGAGAUUCGUGAGAGUAAAGGCGACACUGGACAAUGUCUACACUGAGAUGAAAAACGGCGGCGAGGCCGAUUCACGUCUUCGUCAAUCGCCCUCCAGCGAACACCGCAGGUCAAAUUCCCAGCUGGGCGCACCUAACGCGGGCUUAUGGCGGUCGAAGAGCAAGGCAGCUCUCCGGCCGGAGGUGCCAAUCCCCAGUUCUGGAAGCCAAAGCCAGACAAGCGUUUCCGGCAUCAGCACUCCCCUGGCCGAAGCAUCCGAUCAAGCAAAGGAGCUGUGGAGUGAGGCACUGAACGGUCAACAGCGCGAGGAAGGCUUGAAAUCUAUUUUGGAUGCUGUCGAGAAGCAGCGCGAUAUAUACGAAAUUGGUGGACAUUUAUCAAAAUCCAUCCAGGAGCGGGACUACCAGACCAUCUUUGAACAGUAUAGCAAUGCUAGAAGAUUCGCAAACGAGGCAAAGGUCAUUGCGGAACGGGCAGCUUCGACUAACCAGCCAUUGAGGGACGAACAGGUUUAUACAAUCCUAGUCACCGGAAGAAUGUGGAUGGAUGUUGAAAAGCAGGUACAAGUCUUUAAGCGUGAUCUAUGGAAGCGGUUAAGCAACGCGCAAUCUACUUCGCCGACAAACGCGAGUGGCGGACAAGCCGAAGAACAUAUGGAGCUUAUAGCUGCUCUACUAGAACUCGGAGUAGACGACAACCCGGUCUGGGUCUGGCUCCUCAGUCGAUACGACUACCUAAAGACAAAGAUCACUGCCUACUGCCAGCGGUCGAGGUUUGAAAUUGAAACGUUAAGGCGCCGUCUUGCGGCUGGGAAGAAGCCAGAACCCCAAUGCGUGGCCCCGUACCUCCGAAUCUCUUUACAAGAAGGAGCCAGGACGGCCAAAGAUCAUCUUGAUUCAGAAUCGGUCAUCGAACUAUGGGAAUGUAUCCAUACAUUCUUGAAGAAAUUGCUUUCCGUUCAGGGGGGCAUUCUUGGAGAUGUGCUUGGAUUUUGGGACUCAACUCAAUCCUUCCUUGACGGCAGCAAGCAAAGACUCCUGCCCGCUGGGUAUGAUGGAGAAAGUCGAAAACAUCACCGCUUAUCCGCCAAUGGUGUCAGUGAUCUCAAAGAUGGGAUCAUCGAGCUUAUGAGCCUAAUCCGCGACAACGUUGUCUCUAUUUUCGCUGAGCCUCCCCCAGAAGAUAUAGCUUCUCUCAUCCCUACUGUUCCACCAACAAGUCCUACCGCGAACUUCACUGGGCUGACUUCUGAAUCCCGCUUCAAAAUUGACCCUCAGGAUAUCCCUCCCGUCCCAGAGAAAAAGGGGCAACCCUGGGAUGAUUUUGCAUUUUGGCCUCCCUACUCCAAUUCCUUGAGUGGAGUGCACUACCUUAGCGAAUUUUUGAUAUUGAUUGGCACUGCGGCAAGCGAGAUGGCUGAUCUGAGUCCUAUAUCAGGCCAUAGCGGUGCAUACGACAGACUCAAGCUCCUCGUUGGCGGGACUCGCGAAAGAUGUGCUCGUGCCGCGUGUGCGGCAUGGAACAGCGACGCCGAACUCUGCAAAUACCUUGAAGAUUGGACGCGCCAUCCGACAGUUAAAGACUUGAGUAAAAUGCCUAGCCAUUUUAUGACUUUCGAAACUUCAAUUCUCUCCGGUAUGCAGAAAAUAUUAUAUAUCUCUGAGGCAAUGAGGAAGCCUGGCGCAGUAGAUGUUGUUACACCCCCACCAGCGAAACUCCUCCAGAUGGUGCGAACGCAAUUCGUAACCAGUGUGUAUAAAGCCUUAAGUGGCCUCGUCGAGAAUGCAGAACACCCAGUCAACAUUGAUAAUGAUACCGAAUGGGUACUUCCCGGUCCCGAGGCUGCAACGACAGGACCAGACAUUCAUUCUUCAGUAUUUGCAAGCGGAGGAGUUGACUCGAAAAACAGGAACAUUCGUAUACUUUUAACUCUAUCCAACCUCAGAGCUCUCCGUGCCGACCACGUACCCCGACUCGUCACAACUUUCGAGUCGUCAUUCGCCGUCAAACUAACAGACGAAUCAAAAACUAUUCAAGACGUUCUAGGCCAGAUCGACACCCGCCUAUUCCAGUCAUACUUAAAACCAAUUGUUGAAAGUUUAAAAUAUCCUAUUCUUGAGGGAAUCGCAUCCCCCGACUGGAUUCCUACAAGCAGCCGCCCCGAUCAAAUUAGACCAUACGUAUAUUCAACGAUGCUCGGUCUCGUAAUGGUUCACAAUGAAGUCUCCACAACCUUACCAACAAGGACUUCAGCCACACCUCCCUCGUCAUCCUCCUCCAAUCUAACAUAUAAAAUCUUGGCCGAACUACUCACUCAGGUCUCAAGCGCUCUCCUCGAGGCCUUCAUGGGACGGGCCCAGUAUACUCUACCUGCACUCAUGCAGGCUACGUUGGAUACUGAAUUUAUUGCCCAGACACUUUCUCAAUAUUCCUCCGAAGCAACAUCUAAAGUGCAAGGCCAAAUAUACCUCGAGUUAGAUCGCAGGACAACUAAUGAAGCUCGUGCAAAACUACAGGCGGAACUUGGGGAGAUGCGUGGUGUUUUGAAACGAUUGAGAGAAGCAACCCGUGGAGAAUUUGCAUGCUUUAGGAAGCCAAAGAACCCCUCCAAAUAG